GAGGGAAAGGUGGAAACGCCGAGGUGCCUGGAAGAGAGCGCAGGAAGCAAUUAAAACUCCUCCUUUCGGAUUAACAACCCAAAAUUGAUCGAUGUGUCAGGAAUACCGCUGAUUUAUGAAAGGUGCUUACUUCUCUGGUAUGGAGAAUUUUAUGUUCUCCAGGUGAAACCGAGUUCACCCAGCUCCAGCGUAGAUUGAUGUUUUAAUAAAAAUAAAUAAAGGGGGGGAAGCUCGCCUGGUCUUUGGGGACAUCAAGUCUUAAGUCGCAGAGUUAGACUAACAAAUCAAAUCGCAUUAUCUCUGCAUUUCGUAUCUCUGAAUCGUGCCCAAACAUCCGAGGCAGGAGGGCGCCUUCCUUUCGAAAGUUUUGCCGCGGCGCUUAAAAGUUCGCCUAACUAGCAGCCCGUGUUUCCUAAGCAGAUCGGCACGGGGAGCGUCGCGUAAUUGCGGCGGGCCGCGCCAGAAGCGGGCGAUCCCGCAGUGUCCUGCAGCCGCGGACGCCGCCUGGCUAGGAUGACACCACGUUGAGCGCGCCUGCAAACAACAACAACAACAACCGCCGCCGCGGCCACCGCGUCCUGCUCCUCCGAAGCGCCGCCGCCGCCGCCGCCGCCGGUGUAGCCGCCGGUGUAGCCGCCUCCGCGCCCCCCCGGCCGUCCGGAGCGCCCCGGCCGCUGGUGUAUGUGGCGCCUGCCCGGGACGGGCUGAAGCCGGCGGCGGGGCCGGACCGCAGGCGCCGAGCAGGGCGAGCGCGGCCAGGGUAGCCGCCUGCCGCCGAGCCCCGAGCGCCGCUGCUCGCGGAAGCGCUUUCGGCCGGGAGCUGCGGCCGCCGCCAGCAGUUUUCAUGUUUGGGAUUCAGGAGAAUAUUCCGCGCGGGGGGACGACCAUGAAGGAGGAGCCGCUGGGCAGCGGCAUGAACCCGGUGCGCUCGUGGAUGCACACGGCGGGGGUGGUGGACGCCAACACGGCCGCGCAGAGCGGCGUGGGGCUGGCGCGGGCGCACUUCGAGAAGCAGCCGCCCUCCAACCUCCGGAAGUCCAAUUUCUUCCACUUCGUGCUGGCGCUCUACGACAGGCAGGGGCAGCCGGUGGAGAUCGAAAGGACCGCUUUUGUGGACUUCGUGGAGAAAGAGAAAGAGCCCAACAACGAGAAAACCAACAACGGCAUCCACUAUAAACUGCAGUUGCUGUACAGCAACGGAGUCAGAACGGAGCAGGACCUGUAUGUGCGCCUCAUAGAUUCAAUGACCAAACAGGCCAUCGUGUACGAGGGCCAGGACAAGAACCCGGAGAUGUGUCGCGUGCUGCUGACCCACGAGAUCAUGUGCAGCCGGUGCUGUGACAAGAAAAGUUGUGGCAACAGAAAUGAAACGCCCUCAGACCCUGUAAUCAUUGACAGAUUCUUUCUAAAGUUUUUCCUCAAGUGCAAUCAGAACUGUUUGAAGAAUGCAGGCAACCCUCGAGAUAUGCGGAGAUUCCAGGUUGUUGUGUCGACAACAGUCAACGUGGACGGCCACGUGCUGGCCGUGUCUGACAACAUGUUUGUGCACAACAACUCCAAACACGGGCGGCGGGCCCGCCGUCUAGACCCGUCAGAAGGUACGGCCCCUUCUUAUCUGGAAAAUGCCACUCCGUGCAUCAAGGCCAUCAGCCCCAGUGAAGGCUGGACCACGGGGGGAGCCACCGUGAUCAUAAUCGGAGACAAUUUCUUCGACGGCCUGCAAGUCGUGUUCGGAACCAUGUUGGUGUGGAGCGAGCUCAUCACCCCCCAUGCCAUCCGCGUGCAGACCCCACCUCGGCACAUUCCUGGAGUCGUUGAAGUGACCCUGUCCUACAAAUCCAAGCAGUUCUGUAAAGGUGCUCCUGGGCGGUUUGUCUACACCGCCCUUAAUGAACCAACCAUAGAUUACGGCUUUCAGAGGUUGCAGAAAGUGAUCCCGAGACAUCCGGGUGAUCCCGAAAGGUUACCCAAGGAAGUAUUACUCAAGAGGGCGGCGGAUCUUGUGGAAGCCUUAUACGGGAUGCCCCACAACAACCAGGAGAUCAUCCUGAAGCGGGCAGCGGACAUCGCCGAGGCGCUUUACAGCGUCCCCCGCAAUCACAACCAGAUCCCCACCCUGGGCAACACUCCCGCGCACACGGGCAUGAUGGGCGUGAACUCCUUCAGCAGCCAGCUAGCCGUUAACGUCUCGGAGACGUCACAAGCCAAUGACCAAGUCGGCUACAGUCGCAAUACAAGCAGCGUGUCCCCGCGAGGCUACGUCCCCAGCAGUACUCCCCAGCAGUCCAAUUACAACACAGUCAGCACUAGCAUGAAUGGAUAUGGAAGUGGCGCCAUGGCCAAUCUAGGGGUCCCGGGCUCGCCUGGAUUUCUUAAUGGCUCCUCCGCUAACUCUCCCUACGGCAUAGUGCCGUCCAGCCCCACCGUGGCAGCCUCUUCGGUCACCCUCCCUUCAAACUGUAGCGGUACCCACGGCAUUUUCUCAUUCUCACCUGCCAAUGUCAUCUCUGCAGUGAAACAAAAGAGCGCCUUCGCGCCCGUGGUCCGGCCCCAAGCUUCUCCUCCUCCCUCCUGCACCAGCGCCAACGGGAACGGACUCCAAGGCUCUCUGCUGGGUGCUGAGGACGCUACCGUGGAGAAGACAAACUGGCCCUUUUGUGAAGUCGGUGGCAUAUUUCACUUUGAUGAACUAAUGCUCAAAAAAGGAACUGGAAAGCUAUGUCUGGGCUGGUAGUCCCGCCGAUGUGAGGGGCUCGCUCCCCCCUCCGCAGCACCCGGCACCACGACGGACUUCAGGGGACACGUUUAGCGUAGAGGGCCUGCUGCUGGAGACCGUGAUCUUCAAGCUGUCAGCAGCAGCGGAGACGCUACAAAAGACUUUGUUUAAAGAUUUUAUUUAAACUAUUAAGAAUCAACAUGCAAACAGCCUACUUCUUCAUGAACAAUUCCAUUUUAUUGACUGAACUUUUCUCAUAUUUUCACAUUUCUCAGAUCUGAAGACUAAGGAAAACAAAGUGACGCCUAUUUUGUAUAAAGUUUCUGACUCCGUCUUGGCUAUGUCUAGUACUUGCUAUGUGUUGGGAGAAACUUUGUGAAUGCACCAUUUUGAUUAUCAUGAAACACUGAUGAAAAAUGCCUCCAACCAUUUUUCUGUGCUCAUACUUAGAUUCACAAUGGUUGUGUAUCUCUAUAAUGUGAAAUAUUUUUUUGUGGUGAAAAAAAAAAAAAAGGGGGCCAAGGAGGCGUGAGCCAUCGAACUGGAAGGAAGGAGGACUUGAAUUCGGGUGGCAGGGAGGGAGGGAGGGUUUAUCAUUGCUUACCUUCAUCUUAAUGAAAUGAAACUUUGUAACUUAUUGUAGUUAGAAAUUGUAACUUUGAUAUUGAAUUCUCUUGCCUUCAACAAGCACACUGACAGAAAAAAAAAAAUGCUACUGUCUGUUGGUUGAAAUCUUCUCCCACCGCUAGAACUUCCUGUUAAGCAAGUGUGAUCUGCAACAUUUUUUCAACUUUUGCUAGCACUGUAUACUAUUGCAUUCUUAGGCUACUGUGAGGUCCAUGUUUCUUGUACCAGAAGUUGUCCUUUUGACUUCUAGCUCCUUCUUCCCUAAUGUGUUUUGUAUGUGGUUAUAAAAUUGUAGACUUUUGUGAUUUUGCCAAAGUUGUAGCUAAAUAUUUAUACACUUGUCUUGAAUUUUUUUCAGAUCCACUUAAAUAUUUAGAAAAAACACGUUUUCUUCCUUAUGUGUCUCAUAAGGAAUAAAAUGGUCUCCACUCAACACUUUUCCAUGAACACUUACAGUUGCUAAGGGACUUUCUUUUGUAACAUAUCGAUUAUAAAUAUUGUAUUUAUCUUUGAGAUUUUGGACAUUGCUUUUGCCGCUGUUUUCUUUUUCCUGUCUGUAUCGGUUUUUGAUCAUGGCCCGGUGUUGGGAACACCGUUGAGCCAAGAGCUGUCUCUCUGAUCUGCCUUGUUAAAGUGAACCGGUGUCCUGGAAUUUCAUUUGUACUUCAAAGAUUUGCUUUUGUUUAGACUUCCCAUCCUUUUUUCUUUCUUCUUUUUUAUUUUGAGGAAAAGUCAAAUUCAUUGUUUAUUUUUAUAUUAUUUUUAAGUUAUCUGAACAAAUACUUUUGGAAACAAAGGUUGUUGUAUAGUCAACACAAAAACGGUGCCACUCGGCUGUGAAAAUCCUAGUAGAUUUCGUGCAUGUGGAACAGCCGUGAAGAGGGGACACCGUUUGGGGCUGUGUCCUUAUUUUUCUGUAGAAUGUAAAAAGUCAUUUUAGCUGCCACCCACGACUUUGCCACAUAGCUGAACUGUGUUUACUGGAAAAAUUCAGAGGCCUAAAGUUUAAAAUAAAAUUUACUUCUGAUGUUUUAAUUAAAAUGUUUGCCACAUUAACUUCUCUGAUGCCUUAAAAGUGGACUUCUUUAAAGAACCUUUGUGCUACUUUAUCACAGGCUCACAACACAACUGUUACGAUUUCAUUUGGAGAUUAGGGUGUCUACACACACACACACACACACACACACACACACAAAAGCACAAACCUGUUGCGAUGUGUCGCUCCUUCCCGCGUCUGAUUCUGCUGUGUUCUGUGCCCUCCCAGGCCCACCUAGGAAUCAGGUUUUGGGGGGGGGGGGGUGGGGGGACCAAAAUCCCCGCUGGUUUUUAAACUGUUUUUUUUUUAAAUUAUAUAUAUAUAUAUUAUCUAUAUUAUCCAUAAUAUAAAUAAUAUAUAUAUAUGUAUUUUGCGGUCAGACCUGUCUGUCCUUUUUAAACCGAAAUGACCUCCUUCAGAUCCUGUGCCUCUUCGUGCCAAACCCGCAGUGACACCAGAGGGUUCGUCUUUUCCCUUUGCAUUAAAUGCUUCACACAGCACAGCAACUGUUUUGCAAACUGCAGCAGAAAUCAGAUUUAAAACCAAAAGGAAGGACUUUAAAAAACUUUGACAAAACACACACACACACACACACACACACAAAACCAUGCACAACUUAGGAAAGUGCUCAUUCGAGGGACUAAACGAGCAGAAUGUCCCCGGUGGUCAGCAGGUCACGGCCCGGCCCUCCAACGGCUAAGGCUUAGCUACGUGGAAAAGCCUGAGAAGUCACUUUGGAACUAAAUUGCCUCCGUUUUAUUUUGUAUAAGUAAGGGUUUGAUCUAAAAACAAGCUCACGUGUACAUGUUAAGAACGUUUGCAAGUUUCCUCAUCCCUGCACUCGGUUUGUGUUUUAGAUUAAUUAGUCAAUGCCCCUCAUCGCUUCAUGGUCUCAAAAUUGAGCGCUUCACUAAAUGGUAGAUUUUACUGUUAAAGACCCUACAAUAAGAUUGUUUUAUCUGUACAUUUUUUCAGAUAUUUAACUGUAUAAAAAUGUUCAUUUUACACAAUAUUUAAUUAAAGUAUUUCUUGUCUGUGAAUUUCA